AUGUUAUUCAAACCUCCUUCUUGCUUCUUCCCCUCUUUGCUGCGGGGCAACGAGGAUGAAGGCAAUACGGGUUCAGCACAGCUUGCUGGGCGAAAUUUUCACCUGAUGAGGACCAUGGAGAAGUGGGAAGAGUUGAUUUCUGAAGCAAACAAGAAUGGCCAAAGCGUGCUUGUAAAUUUCAGUGCAUCGUGGUGCAAUCCUUGCCGACAAGCAGCACCGGCGUACCGUGACCUCGCCGAAAAGCAUACAAUAGUCAUGUUUAUUACCGUGGACGUUGACAAGUUAGUGGAGUUUACUUCUUCGUGGGAUAUAAAAGCGACGCAGACGUUCUUCUUCCUGAAAAAGGGGCGGCAGGUGGACAAGUUGGUCGCCGGCAGCAAGCAGGAGCUGGAGAAGAAGAUACUCUCUAUGGUGGCGACACCGGCGGCCGCCACCGCCGCAAGCUGA